GAUUAGGAAGGAAUUUCCCAAUUAGCAGCAGCAACUCGGAUUGGGUUCCAUUCCAUACGAAAGGUUCAAUCUCAUCCUUAAAUUAUUCAAAUUAAAUUUACCAAAAAAAAAAAAGAAACUCUCAGCAAAGGCGGUGUUCCUUCGAAACAUUAAAAUCCGGAAAGCCCUCAACGAAAAGUCCCCAAAGCCGACUUCAACCAUUCCAUGGACGAUAGCUUUAAACUUCGAGUAGAAAAAAUCUUCGGAUCUCUCCAAUCAUCGCAGUCUUCAUCCCAGCAGCAGCGGCCGCCUCUCUGGUCCCUCUCUGACGACGAGGUCGAGAGGAGAGAAUGGAGGAGAGAAUCCGCAGCCGAUCGAGAGGAUACGUUGUGUUCCUCGUCGUUUGACGAGUUCUUGAAGGAGGAAAGGAAGUAUAGGAGUGGGAGGCGCAAAGAAACGGAGGAUGAUCUUGAUAACGAUGAUGAUGAUGACGACGACGACAACGACGGAGGUACGAGUCAGUUACAUAGUAGAAAAAUCGACGAGUAUGGAGACGAGUGGGAAAUCAGAUCUUGUCUUGGAAUGGAUUCCACUCUCGACAAUGAGGAAGAGGAAGAUGAAUAUGACAAAGUGGCUUCUGGCAGAGAAAAUGCUGGUGAACGCCUUUACAUGAGUGAUAUUGCUGAUCAUGGGUCCUUUUUGAAUUCUCAUAAUAUCCUUCAAAGAGCAUUGAACCAUACCACUAGUAACAAGGACCACAGUGCAAAUCAUAUGGCAGCGAGAAUCAGGCUGAAAGAAGAUGAUGAAGAAGCUCAGAAGCUCAAUUAUUGUGAUGGGUCAAUUUCAGAAAUUAGGGAAUCAUCAGAUAUGAAGGCAUCUGAUAAUGGUUGUCAUUUGAGGUCUAUAUUAAAAAGGAAAGACAGUGGUACAGGUUUCAAGCCACGAAAGUGUGUGCGGUUUGACUCUGCUUGCAAAGAUGGUUGGGAAGAGCAAUUUGAAAAAUCUGAGGAUCAUCCAACAGGCAUUUUGCUAAUGAAUUCUGAAGAACCUGCUGAAAAUGAUAGAGCCGUUCCAGAUUAUUUACAGAAUCCUUCUAGGUAUACACGCUACAGUUUUGAUUCAUCAAGCAAAAUUGGUGAAGAAUCUAAUGCUCAAGCUUGGAAGGACGUCCUUAAGCUUGUUCCAAAUACUAAAUGUACAGAAUCAUUGUCAGAGCAGGAGGAUGCACCUUGUGAUCUUCCAAAGCCGGUGACUUUCAUCCCAAAGAGAAAACCAGGCAUCCUUCAACUAGUAUGCGAUGUAAGUGAGGUUCAGGAGAAGGAAAAUGAAUGUAAGAAGUCAUUGAACCCAACAAGACUCCCUGUGGGCAUUGCUGCUGGCGCAGCCAAAUCCGAUGAAGAUGAUGCAACAGAAGAUGAUAUACCAGAAGUAAGCGCCGCGAAUGGUACUCCAGUUAUACCAAAAGGUGGUCGCAGCUAUAGAGUAAAAUCACAGCCAGAGGGCUUGGACCAAGAGGGCUGAAGAGAACGUCUUUUGACUGUGCUACUAGAGUAUUUUAAGUUUAUACAGUUCCCCGAGUUCAUUUUUUUUAAUCAACAUAACGCUUAUGUUAUAGAGCUUUUUAGAAUGGAGAGUUAAUGUAUAAGCACGCCAGCCGAAUGUUAAAUGAACAUCUUCAUUCUUAAUAUUGUGUUAUUUCGCGUA